AUGGCUGAGAUCCAGAUCCGAGCCGAGGGCAUCUUCAGAGUCCUAGAAUUUCGAGAGCGUGUGCAGAAAAAAUCCGCACUUAUCUCCGCUCCACCAUCUGCUAGAGAUGACAAGAGGAAGAGGCCAAGACAGAACCGAGAGUCAUCGCGGUACCCCUCCUUCGAAUACACUGUCCCACAGGAAGUCAUUUAUGAAGAGAAUAAAGACAGACCUAUCUGGCGUGAACCGUACAAGAUUACCACCCCUCCAGACAGAAGAGAUAAAAACAGAUACUGCCUCUUCCACAAAGAUCACGGUCAUACGGUCGCUGAAUGCCACAACCUGAAUAAUCAGAUCCAGGCCCUCAUGAGAAGUGGGAGGCUAACCCAGUACAUUAAGGAGGCAGGCAGACCCGGCACUUCGCAGCAUAAUCCUGCUUCUGCCCCAACACUACAAGCAGCCGACCCCGUGCGUACAACCUCUGCAAGCCCACAAGAACCUCUCAAGCAAGUCCCCAUGAUACAUGGGAUCGUUGAGCUCACUAAAGACCAAGAGCAUGCCACCAAAAUCCUUAAGAGGAUGGAGGAAUGGGUGAAGCGAUAUAGAUCAUUAGGCCACACGGUUAAUCUUGUCACUUCGGAGGAUAGACGUUAUCCAGCCUCUGCUAUCACCUUCACCGACGAUGACUUACAAGGAGUGCACCUACCUCAUGACGAUCCUCUCGUCAUCUCGCUACAGGUCGACCAUUGCUAG